AUGGCGAACUUCUGGAAUUUUCCUGAGUUCAAGCGGGCAGUGGUCCGGGAGGUGUCGGACGACGUAAACAACGCUGUUCGAAUCCCGCAGUCUACGAAGACCGUGAAUAUCGAGAAGUGCCGGGCGGAGUGGGGGCUGUACGUCCAGGCCCUCCGAGACUUGGGUCUGGACGUUACGGUGAUUCCGCAAGACCCAAAACUUCCCGACUGCCAGUUUGUAGAAGACCCCUGCAUCGUGAUCGGAGACACAGCACUCAUCACCAGGCCUGCAUGUGGACCGAGGCAGGGGGAGACCACGGUCCUGGAAGAAACCAUGAGGAAUCUGGGACUGAAGGUUCGGGUUGUAGAAAGUGACACAGCGACUCUGGAAGGCGGCGACGUCAUUUUUACAGGAAAGGAGAUCUUCUGCGGUGAUUCGGUGCAGAGUAAUGAGGAGGGCUUCGCCAUUUUGGAGGAGACAUUUGGAGAUGACUACCCCUGCCACUCCAUAUUUGUGGAGUAUCCCGAGAUCCAUCUGAAGGGUUAUGCGGCCUUAGCUGCACCGGGAGUAAUCGCCAUGUGUGACAACAUAUGGGGACGCCCUGGGUGGGAGGACAUCUGUGACGUCUCCAACUACACCUACAAAGUGAUGUGGAUACCUGACGCCUUUGGGAGCAACUGCAUUUAUAUCAACGGCAGCAUCAUACAUGUCCCAGAAGAGCAAAUGCCUGAGACUUUUGCGUUGUUCCAGAAAGAAAUGGCGGACUACAACCUCAUCCCAAUGUCAUCUGCAGAGGUCAGCAAAGUUGAUGCGGCUUUAACGUGCCAGUGUCUGCUGUUCUGAACAGCUGGAACACCUUCUAUUUCAUCCUAUCUUUAAG